CCCGAAGAUGGCGGCCGCCGGGGCUGCGGAGGGCGCGGGCUGCUGGCUGCGGCGCGGCUCCCUGUGGGUGCGAGGCGUUCUGCUGCUGCUGGGCGGGCUCCGGGCGGCCGCACCCGUCCCCGUGUCCUUGAGCAGUUCCCCUCCCUGCCGGCAUCACGUCCCGACGGGCUCCGAGGUUAUAAAUAAAGUUCACCUUAAGGCAAGUCAUGUUGUGAAAAGAGAUGUUGAUGACCAUUUAAGAAUCAAGACUGUCUAUGAUAAAAGUAUUGAAGAGUUGCUCCCUGAGAAAAGACACCUUGUAAAGAACAAGCUUUUCCCGCAAGCCAUUUCCUACUUGGAGAAGACGUUCCAGGUGCGCCGGCCCGCGGGCGUGAUCUUACUCAGCAGACAAUGUGCAACAAACCAGUACCUCCGGAAAGAGAAUGACCCCCACAGAUACUGCACUGGGGAGUGCGCCGCGCAUACGAAGUGUGGCCCCGUCACAGUGCCCGAGGAGCACCUCCAGCCGUGCAGGGUCUGCCGUGGGGGUAAGUGGCCCUGUCCAGCAGUGGGUGUGCAAGACCACGAGGGCAUCCGGGAUGCAGACUUUGUUCUUUAUGUUGGUGCUCUGGCCACUGAGCGGUGCAGCCGUGAAAACAUCAUCUCAUACGCAGCCUACUGUCAGCAGGAAGCAAACAUGGACAGGCCAAUAGCAGGAUAUGCUAACCUGUGUCCAAAUAUGAUCUCUACCCAGCCUCAGGAGUUCAUUGGCAUGCUGUCCACAGUGAAACAUGAGAUUAUUCAUGCCCUGGGCUUUUCUGCUGGACUCUUUGCGUUCUACCACGAUAAAGAUGGAAAUCCUCUCACGUCAAGAUUUGCGGAUGGCCUCCCACCUUUUAACUAUAGCCUUGGAUUAUAUCAGUGGAGUGAUAAAGUCAUUCGGAAAGUGGAGCGGUCCUGGCAUGUGCGGGAUGACAAGGUGGUUUCUCACACUGUACAUCUCCUGGUGACGCCUCGGGUUGUCGAGGAAGCGAGAAAACAUUUUGACUGUCCAAUUCUGGAGGGAAUGGAACUUGAAAAUCAAGGUGGCAUGGGCACUGAGCUCAACCAUUGGGAAAAACGCUUACUAGAGAACGAGGCCAUGACCGGCUCCCACACCCAGAACCGCGUGCUCUCGCGCCUCACGCUGGCCCUGAUGGAGGACACCGGCUGGUAUAAGGCUAAUUACAGCAUGGCUGAGAAACUAGACUGGGGCCGAGGAGUGGGCUGUGACUUUGUCAGGAAGAGCUGCAAGUUCUGGAUUGAUCAGCAGAGACAAAAGAGGCAGGCACUGAACCCGUACUGUGACACGCUCAGGACCAACCCCUUGCGACUGACAUGCCGGCAGGACCAGAGGGCAGUCGCUGUGUGUAAUCUGCAGAAGUUUCCUAAACCUUUGCCUCGAGAGUACCAGUACUUUGAUGAACUCAGUGGGGUGCCUGCAGAAGAUCUGCCUUACUAUGGUGGGUCUGUAGAAAUUGCUGACUACUGCCCUUUCAGCCAGGAAUUCAGCUGGCAUUUAAGCGGUGAAUAUCAGCGCAGCUCAGAUUGUAGGAUACUGGAAAAUCAGCCAGACCUUUUAAAAAACUAUGGUGCUGAAAAGUACGGACCUCAUUCAGUUUGUCUAAUUCAGAAAUCAGCAUUUAUCAUGGAAAAGUGUGAGAGAAAGCUGAGUUACCCAGACUGGGGAAGUGGGUGUUAUCAGGUUUCUUGUUCUCUUGAAGGCCUAAAGGUUUGGGUUCAGGACACGUCUUAUCUGUGUAGUCGGGCCGGCCAGGUCCUCCCUGUCAGUGUUCAGAUGAAUGGCUGGAUUUACGAUGGAAACCUCAUCUGCCCAUCGUGUUGGGACUUCUGUGAGCUCUGUCCUCCAGAGAGAGAUCCUCCAGCUGCUAACCUGACCCGGGCACUCCCACUGGACCUCUGUUCCCGCUCGUCCAGCCUGGCUGCCGCCCUCUGGCUCCUGCUGGGUAACCUGUUUCCUCUGCUGGCUGGAUUUCUUCUGUGUGUGUGGCACUAGGAGUGAAAAUGUGAACUCUUCCAACGUUCUCGUGUGUCCUGUCGUUCUGCACAAGCCCGGAUUGGAGCAGGCGGCGCGCAGUCCUAGCUGGGCCCAGUGGGACCAGCGCCCUCUUAGUGGGGCUGGUAGCAUCGUCGUCUCAGCUCUGGCCCCCCUGGAGCUGAAGAGGGAGCCGGAGUUCCAGGCAUCCAGCCACUUGUUCUUCAGGAUACAUGAAUGUCAAGAUCUCUCCUUGAAAGGGCGGUGGCUGAUGACAUUUUCAGAGUGAUGACAUACCUCAGCAUUUUCAUUAGCUUAGAGUGAUGGACGAGCAAGCUCAUCAAUGCUGUGAUGUGUGCAAGAUUAUAAAUUAUGAGUCUAGUCUUCUGGAGUGUAAAUUGUCCUUGGAUUUAUGAGAGAAUAAUUGAAUUGGAAUUUCUGCAUCACUGGUCUGUGUUUUGAAUUUCAUGAUAUACAUUGUAUGUUUAAAUCAUGGUUACAA